UGCCUCUCGCUGGAGCGGCUGGCUCUUCCCCCUCCCUUUGCCCCCUCCCGCGAGUCUCCAGGUUCCUCAGCUAGCAGAGGCCGAGUCAGUGUCAGUCAGGGAGCCAGACUGCUGAACAGUGUGUGCGGACGCUCCGCUGCAAUCUCGCCCAGGGGCCGGUGCCUGCGCUCGCGCCGCCGGGUGGGAAGGAUGAAGCCGCAGCUGGAGCAGCCACCUUAUGAUUGGCUGUGGCGCUUGUGAACCCGAAGUAAAGAUGGCGGGCGGGCAGGCAGCCGCCGCACUGCCCACUUGGAAGAUGGCGGCGCGCCGCAGCCUCAGCGCCCGCGGCCGGGGGGUCCUGCAGGCAGCGGCGGGGCGGCUGCUGCCGCUGCUACUGCUGAGCUGCUGCUGCGGCGCGGGCGGCUGCGCAGCAGCGGGCGAGAACGAGGAGACGGUGAUCAUCGGGUUGCGGCUGGAGGACACGAACGACGUGUCGUUCAUGGAAGGGGGGGCGCUGCGGGUGAGCGAGCGGACCCGGGUCAAGCUGCGGGUGUACGGGCAGAACAUCAACAACGAGACGUGGUCCCGCAUCGCCUUCACGGAGCAUGAGCGGCGGCGCCACAGCCCGGGCGAGCGCGGGCUCGGGGGCCCCGCGCCGCCAGAGCCGGACAGCGGCCCCCAGCGCUGCGGCAUCCGCACCUCCGAUAUCAUCAUCUUGCCCCACAUCAUUCUCAACCGCCGUACAUCGGGCAUCAUUGAGAUCGAGAUCAAACCGCUGCGCAAGAUGGAGAAGAGCAAGUCCUAUUACCUGUGCACAUCGCUCUCCACGCCAGCCCUGGGCGCCGGCGGCCCGGGGUCCGCGGGGGGCGCCGUCGGGGGCAAGGGCGGCUCCGGGGUGGCCGGGCUCCCGCCGCCCCCGUGGGCCGAGACCACCUGGAUUUAUCACGACGGCGAGGACACCAAGAUGAUUGUGGGCGAGGAGAAGAAGUUCCUGCUGCCCUUCUGGCUGCAGGUGAUCUUCAUUUCGCUGCUCCUGUGUCUGUCGGGGAUGUUCAGCGGCCUCAACCUGGGGCUGAUGGCCCUGGACCCGAUGGAGCUGCGCAUCGUGCAGAACUGCGGCACGGAGAAGGAGAAGAAUUACGCCAAGCGCAUCGAGCCUGUGCGCAGGCAGGGCAACUACCUGCUGUGCUCGCUGCUGCUGGGCAACGUGCUGGUCAACACCACGCUCACCAUCCUGCUCGACGACAUCGCCGGCUCAGGCCUCGUGGCGGUGGUGGUCUCCACCAUCGGCAUCGUCAUCUUCGGGGAAAUCGUGCCCCAGGCCAUCUGCUCCCGGCACGGCCUGGCUGUAGGGGCCAACACCAUCUUCCUCACCAAGUUUUUCAUGAUGAUGACCUUCCCCGCUUCUUACCCGGUUAGCAAGCUGCUGGACUGCGUCCUGGGCCAGGAGAUAGGCACUGUCUAUAACCGGGAAAAACUGCUGGAGAUGCUCCGGGUCACCGACCCCUACAACGACCUCGUUAAGGAGGAGCUGAACAUCAUCCAAGGGGCGCUGGAGCUCCGCACCAAGACAGUGGAGGACGUGAUGACUCCGCUCCGGGACUGCUUCAUGAUCACCGGCGAAGCCAUUCUGGACUUCAACACCAUGUCGGAGAUCAUGGAGAGCGGCUACACCCGUAUUCCAGUAUUUGAGGGGGAGCGCUCCAACAUCGUGGACCUCCUCUUCGUCAAAGACUUGGCCUUCGUGGAUCCAGAUGACUGUACUCCCUUGAAAACCAUCACUAAAUUUUAUAACCACCCCUUGCACUUUGUUUUCAAUGACACCAAGUUGGACGCUAUGCUGGAAGAAUUUAAGAAAGGUAAAUCUCAUUUGGCCAUUGUGCAGCGAGUGAACAAUGAGGGAGAAGGGGACCCGUUUUAUGAAGUUCUGGGAAUUGUCACAUUAGAAGACGUGAUUGAAGAAAUCAUCAAAUCUGAGAUUCUAGACGAAACAGAUUUAUACACUGAUAACAGAACGAAAAAGAAAGUGGCCCAUCGGGAAAGAAAACAAGAUUUUUCUGCCUUUAAGCAGACAGACAGCGAGAUGAAGGUUAAAAUAUCACCACAGCUUCUCCUGGCCAUGCACCGUUUCCUAGCAACAGAAGUAGAAGCAUUUAGCCCAUCCCAGAUGUCAGAGAAGAUCCUUCUAAGGCUGCUAAAGCACCCCAAUGUCAUCCAGGAACUGAAGUAUGAUGAGAAGAACAAGAAGGCCCCAGAAUACUACCUCUACCAGCGAAACAAACCUGUAGACUACUUCGUUCUCAUUUUGCAGGGGAAAGUGGAAGUAGAAGCUGGGAAGGAAGGUAUGAAAUUCGAAGCCAGCGCUUUCUCCUACUACGGUGUGAUGGCUCUCACAGCCUCUCCAGUUCCUUUGUCCCUGUCUCGCACCUUUGUUGUCAGCAGAACAGAGUUGUUAGCAGCAGGUUCUCCAGGUGAAAACAAGUCGCCUCCUCGUCCCUGUGCUUUGAACCACUCAGACUCUCUGAGCCGAAGUGACCGGAUUGAUGCCGUAACGCCGACCCUGGGGAGCAGCAAUAAUCAGCUCAACUCUUCGUUCCUCCAAGUCUACAUCCCUGACUACUCCGUGCGGGCCCUUUCCGACCUUCAGUUUGUGAAGAUCUCGAGACAGCAAUACCAAAAUGCCUUGAUGGCAUCCCGGAUGGACAAAACUCCUCAGUCUUCAGACAGUGAAAACACUAAAAUUGAAUUGACUCUUACGGAGCUGCACGACGGGUUGCCAGACGAGACCGCCAACCUGCUCAACGAACAGAACUGUGUGACACACAGCAAAGCCAACCACAGCCUGCACAGCGAAGGGGCCAUCUAGGGCGCCCCCCCGCAGCCCCUCACCCCCCACUCCCAAGGCCCCAGGCCAGCUGACCGUGAAUCCCAUUAGUGUGAGCUUGUGUGCCAUGCUGCCUCCCGCAACAUCCUGAGACCAAAGACUUUGUCCCCUUCCCGGAAGCAGCGGCGGAGGAUGGUGAGGGCAGGAGCGGAAACGAGAGGUGUGACAUCAACGGCUCGGGCGUGGCAUUCGAGAUUUUUGGAGAUGAACUUCUUCCACCCAAAUAGAAUCAUGUUUAUUUUUUCAGUUGUACCUUUUAUCUUUAUUCACUCUCCUCCUUCCUCAGUUUGCAUGAAGUUGGAAAUUGUGGCCGUUUAUUAAUUUUUUUCCCCAAGAGAUCAUGUUUUCAAACAGUGUCUUUUGCAGAGUUUUACGUUGUUCUGUCUGAACUCUGCCGUGACUCCGUGAUGGGACCUGAAGGGACUCGCUGCCUCCCCGGGAGGGGCACGCCUGCUCCGUGCCCAGUGGGUGUCGCUGUGGAACUUGAAGGAUGAAUGAGGAAAACUGUGGCUGCGGACCUGCCAAGUCUGUCCCACUGUGGGGCGGAGCCUGUGUGGGGCCUCGUCGCCUCCGUGAGCUCAGUGUUGUUUUAAGUUAAUGUCUAACCGUGUCCCUUUCCCUCAGAAAGGUUUAACAUUGGCUUGGAAUGUGAUUUUUUUUUUUUUUUUUUGCUUCCUACUCUAAGGAAUUUUUAUCACCAAAAUGAAUGUUAAUGAAUUUGAAACCCAUGGUUUAUCAUUGGCAAGAGGCAAGGUGACUUCAUCCCGCAAUUCCUCCAGCCUGGAUUCUCCGGCCCGGCCAGGCCGCCUCCCCAGCCCAGCGCCCCAGCCUCCAGAGCGCUGCCACCCACCUCCCUGUCCUUGCUCUUGUUGACCCAGGAUGCUGCUACACAGAUGCCAAAUGGAAAUCUUCCACAGGGCCUUUGAGUAACCGUGUGGUACGGAGUUCAAGCUCCUCCCUUUCCCCACUGGGAAGUCUGUCAUUGUCCAGAAAGGAGUUGGGCCCGGCCAGCUGUGCUCUGAGCCCAGAAGGCGUUUCCAGACCCAGGUGUUUAAAGGAGGGAACUUUGGGGACUGCCAGCCCCUGCCCCUCCUCCCAGGGAGCUCACUGUCCCUCUUCCCCUCUGUCCCUGGGCUCCUAGGGCCCAGCGGUGGCUGUGCUGUGUUCCUCGCCCGAGGACCUCUGUGCCUCCCACCUCAGAUGCAGCCCACGCCGGGGAGGCUGCCUGUCUAGCCCCGGGUCGGUUUGGCCCCAAACAGGGAUUCAGAAACCAAAUGUGUGUUGUGGCCAUUUCGUGUGUGUCUCCGCCUUAUUUUAAUACCAAGUUCAUCACGUGUAGUGAAAUUAAUGUCAGGCGGUACUUCUCGAGUGACCGAGUUCUUAACUCUCUUACCUGUUUGAAGCGUUAGCCCGAGGGAUAUGUGCAUUCUGUUGGCAGCGGUCGUUGGUACACUGAAUUCCUGAGCUGAGGUCAUACUGGCCGCCUUGUGCGGGUAGGAAGGCUGCUCCGUGCCGCCUCUAGUCACUGGCCGAGAAGAUAGCAUUUUCUCCACUGGGGCUCACUCAUCGAGGGGAGGCCCCGGACCAAGUAGCAGUUUCCUUCUCCCUCCUCAAGGUAGGAAUGUGUCCCCCAGGUUGGGCUCUGGGCGGACGGGAGCUGGGGUUGGGGAGUCACCAACAACAUGCCGGGCUUGGUGGCUCCAGUGUCAUAGGCACGUUUACCACAGUAUUUGCUCCAGGAUGUCCAUCCUGGAGGAUCUUCCUCAUCGGGUGCCAUGCCCCUUAGAGAGGGUCACAGGGUCACCCCCUAAGGGUGUUGAGUGGGAAGCUGCUGGCCCCCCACCUGCCGCGUGCACUGGAUGGAGCCCCUGCUGUUCCGUGGCUUAAUGUUAGUGAGACCCCACACAGCGAGCUUCCCCUUCUAGAAACAGAUCCAUCCAAGUUAAAAGUUUUCAGCUUCUAAGAUGCAUCUAGCUGAGCACAGCCCCCAUGCGGCGUGGGAACAGGGACUAUCCCCAGGGCGCUUAGAAACGAGCGUUCCCACUAAGGAAGUGAACCCUGGGUCUCGCAAGAGGAGUGAUCCCCAACAACCACACUCCUACUCCGGGUGUGGAUGACGCUGGCCUUCCUGGUGGUUUGGUGGAGCCUGGCCUGCCACACUGUGGUUCCUCUGACUUGCAGGAUCUCCACACCCCCUGCCCCCAGCCUCUCUCCACUGAUCUGCUUUUCCAUACAUGGCCAUCUCACGGUGCCUUGCUCCUGGAAGGAGCUUCUGGAAUCAGAGUUAGUGUGUUGGAUCUUUUUCAGAGGCCCUCCCCCUUUCCUUUGUGAAUCCUAAAGCUCUGUGAGAGGCAGGGAUUCCAGCUGCUGGCUCCUUGACCUGAGUGCGAAGCCGAGAACUCGUCCCCACGCUUGUACCCACUCGAUGUGGCGGCUUUUGGAGAUGUCUGCUGAGAAGUGCUGGCAGGGGGACUCCUAGAGGACGAAAUUUUAGCCUCCCAAGAUGGUAUUUAUUUUCUCCACACCACUCUUUACCUUGGAUUAUUCAUAUUUUAUAACAACAGGGAAUUGAAAGCAAUUCCUGGCUGUAAUUCCAUCCACUUUGGGGGAAGCUCAAGACCCUUCAGAUCACACUCACUGUCUUGAGUGAACAGGUUGAUCAGAUUCUUCUCCCAGGCCCUACUUUCCCUCUGGAACUACCUUCAGGCCGUCGAAGGAGAAAUGCUGGCUCGUGGCUUCACCGGGCAGCACGAUGACUUUGGCUUAGAAGUUCUGUGCAGCCCUGUGUCUGUGAAGGGGGUGGGGUCCGGCAGAGAAAGCCCAUCAAAUAUUGAGAUCUCCACGUGCAGUGGCCAGUUCUUAAAAUUGCACCAUGACUCCAUCAUCCUGUCCUGGAGCUGCUGGCUCUAUAAGUGUGGAGGCGGCUGGGCUGUGGAGCAGAGGCGGGUGCUGGGGUCUUGAAUGCUGCUGGAGCCCCCCCGUUAUCACACCCAGCGCCUGUCUGCAGUGGCUUCCGUGGCCCCUGCUUUGAACCCUGGCUCUGUGGGACCAGACAGGGCCUCCUCCUGCUUCCGGCCACUGUAGCAUUCCAAAGGUUCCACCGGAAACUGGGUCCCUAGUAUCCAUACGUUCCGAGGACAGUGGGCUCUGUCUUUAUAAGUGAGGGGAUUUUUUCCCCCCUACUCCCUACAGGUUCUUUCUAUUCUGUGUAUUCUUCAGGCAAAUCAAAAAUCAUAUAUUUAAACUUUUAGGAAAACAACAUUAAGAUUUGUAUGUACAUGGAUAUUGGGGUGCUAGUCAACUAGUUUAAGUCUUGGCUCUUACAUGAUUUGCAUUUCAAAGGGCACACCACUUUACUCUGUUCUUCCCUCCCUCCCUCCCUCACCUAACGGAGGAGAGCUUGGUGCUCUCUCUUCCUUCCCCACGUGGGAGGAAGUAGGGCACCAUGCCAUCUUCUAAUGUUAUUUUAAGGAACUUCUGUGCAAAGGCUAAAUGCAGAACUCCACAUGAAUAUGGAACAUGAACUGUGAAUAGACUACUUACCUGUGCUAUCCCCAGUACCAUCUGACUGAAGAACCAGCUUUUCCAAGUCCAGGAAGAUACUGGUAGAGACAAGUAGAACUACAUUUUCGCUAGGAAUGGAAGUAAUAGGAAUUUGGGCUAAGCAGGGACCACAGACUUCUGCUCUCAAACUCUCUCAGGUUGAGGAGCAGACUGAAGGAGGCCCUGGCGGCUGGAGCCUUUGUCCUAGGUGGUCAGAAAUCAGAGCAAAUCCUAACGCCCGCAUCUUCUGAAAACCCGCCAGCGAUCUGUGGCCCUCUUUGCCUGUCCUGGGCCAGGCUCCCAAGAUUCCUCCAGGGUUUGCCAGUGGGGAGCCCCAGCAAAAGACUGACCUGGGCUGGGGCAAGAAGGGGGCUUAACAAAGCAGCAGCUGCCAGGGUUGCCUGGCUUAGCACACACUGCAUGACCCGGGUUCUCUGACGGUGGGAGCAACAGGAACAACUGCCCUGUCGGUUUUGACCCCAGAGACGGGCUUUUCUUGCAGGGGGUUGAUGGAGCUGGCAAGUCAGGGUGUGGAGGCUUCUGGGGCGCCAAUGUGGUUUCUGAGGACACAGUUUCUGGGUUGGCUUUGGUUCCACUGAAGGCUCUGGGCUAGUGGCGUUUCUGCCCAGCAAGGAAGGACCUCGGUGUGAGUUGUAGAUUAAUCCAGAAUUAGGAGGGAUUUAGAGAAUUAAGUAUGAAAAUGGUUUGGGAUGAGUCAGAAACUUUCCGAUGUAAAUUUAUCAAUGAGCAACCUACUCAGUGGAUUUUUAUAUCUCAGGGCCAUUUACAGAUGUUUUAUCUUUUUGUAUUUCUUUUGUAUUCAAGUGGGCUGAAGAGAGAUGAGUUCAGAGAACUCUAAGAUGAGGUUCAUUUGCCUCCAUCUGAGGGUGAGUGGUGUACCCUUGCCAAGUUUGCUGAUGUCACUGUCCCUCAAGGCUUUUUCCUGCAGUGAAUGCUUACUUGCUGGUUGUCCUGCCCUGUCUGAAGGUUCCAGAGUCCCUGGUCAGUCCAAGGGACAGAAGGAGGUGAUGGCAGUUCUUAGCAACUGCAGGGCUUGGAACAGCUUUCCUCCCGCCAUCUUGGACUGGGGACUUUCUUGGCUUCUUAGACCUUUGCGGUUGGCUCAGCACAAGUAAGCUUUCUAUCUCUGUGUGCUAGAGCCACUGACCUCCUUUCACUAGAAUUGUUGUAAAUAUCUUUUGAUGGGAAAUACCAGACUGUACUUGAAGCAACAGAGACAUAAAGGUUCUAGUAGCAAGAGAGUGAAGUUCUAGGACUUUGUAUACCAAGGUUUUUAUGUACACAGCUCCAACAUGUACUAUAAGAAAGACUUGAGUUAGUACAGGUCUUUGAGUUUGAAUACCCACUUAGGUAGAAUUUAAACAUGAACUGGAAGAAUGGCUUGCCUUGCCUGACAGGGUAUCUUCUGGCAUUUGCCCACAUCUGACCAGCACGGAUUCCCUUGGGAAGUGAUGCUUUGGGGGCCAGAUUCUUCUUCAGGGUUACCUUGGAGAGAAUUCUUAUAUAGACCUAGUGGGGUUUUGGUGCCUUCCCUUUUUGCUGAAGGUCCAGGCCCCUUGGUAUCCAGAGCUGGUCUCAGGCUCCCAGAGCAGAAAGGAGUGAGAAGGAAUAAGGUCUCAGGACUCUCAUUCCCCCGAGAGCUCCAGCCUAGCUUCUGAUUUGUUAUUCCGUGUGUCCAUGUCUGAAGUCUACUGUGAAGGUGGAGUGUUAUCAGUCCGUUGACUUCUCUUAUUUCUGGAGUCUUUUAAAUCUACAAAUGUAUAUGCUUUAUUUUAUAUUAUUAUUUAUUAUGUACAUAUGCCUCUACUGUUAGUACAUUGUGACGAAGGUAUUUCCUAGAGCCCCUCAUCUAUGGAGCCUAGGGUUCUCUUGUCCCUUAAAGUGGGGGAGAAGGCAGUGGUUUUCUUUGUUUUUGUCAUAAAGAGGUUGCUGCUCUUACGUCGAUCCUAGCAUCCCUGGCCCCUUUUUAUUGGGCGCACCACUCUUCCCGACGGACUAGUGUUUGGGAUGAGGAUGGAGGCAGGUCUCCUACGUUAUGGCAGGGCUCUCAAGUACCUCCGUGAAAUACUUUAGAGGUUGCUUCCUGGUCACGGGGUCUAUUCUCUGUAACGGUACAGCAUGGUUGUGAGACCAGAACCUUUCUUCCUCACUCCCAGCCUCCCAAGCCAGGUUGGCAAACUGGCCCCACAACAGUGAUGGCCUCUAAAUUCCCACCUUGGAUUACAGAAUCCAUCUCUCGGGACCAUGGAAGCUGCCUCCCCAUCAGGGCUUCUAAGAGGCCUUUUCAUGGUUUUGAGGCCCAGUGCCAGCAUUGCCUUGGCCCUCAGAUAAGACCCCGCUCUGUGUCUGAUUUUCUUCCUCCUCAGCCUUUACUGUGUCAUAGUGUACAUUUCAUGCUUUUCAGCAGUGAAGUUUCCCGAACACAGUAUUCAGAGCUGUGUGCAUAAACCUAAAGAAGCACAAAUGACAUGUAUAGGUUUCAUGAGCUGAUUGUCAUAAUGAAUGCAUUUUAUAAUUCAAAUGAUGUUGUAGAUUUACAAUCUCUCCUAUUUAUUUUGUACCAAUUUAUUUGUAAAUUUUGUGAUUGUUUUAAAAGGUUUUUUUGUUCAUUUCUAUUAUUCUAUUUAGAUAAAGGAUGAUUUUCUGUUCACCCUGCCAGCGGAUGUGUGUUCCCUUCCCCCUUCCCACUAUACACCACCCCACCGACCUCAGUCCCCUGCCCAAUAGCACGGCUGUCCUGGUGACAAGGCUGGGAUUGGUUGUCGGCAUGGCAACACAGCAGGGUGUCUCUUCGGACACACACCAUAGAGUCUUCUGUAGCAAGAGAGGGAAGCUAGCACUGUGCCUCCACCUCUGCCUUGGAGUCUGGUACCACCAGUUCCCUGGGGGGUGUUCUCCUUUGCAAGAAUGAGAGUCCUGCCAAAGCAUUUUAGUUAAGGACCCUGAGGGCAUCCCCUCAAAUUGUCCCACAUUUGCCGCUCAGUCACUAACAGCACACAGAUCAGCUGGGCAAACAGCCAAGCUGUUUUUUUCCUAGGCGAGACCAGAGGCCUCCUUCCAGCCUCUCCGCUGGCUCCUGAAGAGGAGUUCGGCCCUGUAGGUCCCCUGCUCUGUGAAGCCUAGGAGAUGGGUGUGGUAGCCGGCAAAGUGGGUUCACUCUCAAGUUAAACACGUCGGCCCAGGUGUGGGGAGUCGUGUUGAGAUGCUCUUGAGGACGCGGUGGGCAUCCACCUUCCCCGAUGAGCCAGUGUUGGGGUCCCCUUCCUCUUCUGUCAGCACUGCUUUUCAAGUCUUCUGGGUUCCUUCUUAUCUGCAUCCCUCCGGUGCUACCAGACCCUGCAAAUCUUCUGGUGUAGCUUCCCAGCCCCUUUGUGAUGUAGCCCUAGAUCACGUCUUUCGGGAAUCCUUUUUCCCCUCCACUCUUUGUCUCUAUUUUACAUUCCGCAGAGGAUCGCGCUCUUGGUGACUGGUCCCUUAUUUCCCCUGCUGUGUGGAUUAACCACGAUGUCUGCAGUCUGGUUGACUUACACUUGCCCUGUGGAUGGAGACAGUUCAGUGAAGAACUGCGGGCAAGACUGGCUUUGAGACAUGCCUGACCUAAUCAUCACGCCCCCCUCUCCCAUCAUUACCCCCCAUUUCUUGAAAGUAGAAUGGAGUAGAGAUCUGUAUUCCAGUCAAGUGUUAACUUCUUAGGAGCCUGUUUGCUUUCCUCAGAAGCCGAGAAGAAAGCAGCAAGCAGGGCCAGGGAAGGAAUUCUCUGUCCAACACAUCAAGUCCUAACCGUGCCUCUUUUUGUUGUUUUUCCUGCUUUAUUCAUUUUGUCCAGAUGAGUCCUGAGUUCAAAUCAGAAAAUUCCCCAAGACAAGUAGAGGUGAUUUUUCCUGCUGUUUAAGAUGAGAUUUUCCUAAGCUUUCCAUCUGUAUUGUGGGGUGCCCAUGUGUCUGUUCUUCACUAAGCUUUAUCAGGAAGAAAGCUCUGGGGUUCCUAUUUGAUACAACCAGUUGUGUUCCCGGCACUUCUUGUCAACUCCACACUUCUGAGGAUGCGAAGUGUGACUGACCAGAGUCUUGUAGAGAAAAUGACUGGUACCUGGAGUUGAAUUCCGAAAACUUUUUAUAUAUUUUUAAAGUAAUGCAGUUUAUUUAAGAGGGACAGUUCUUUAGCAGAACCAAAAAAAUUGAAUUAGAUUAGAUGGCUGAUGAACUCGUUUUGUUUUUGGUUUUUUUCGUAAGGCUGUUUCACCAUUUUCCCCUCAAGAUCCUCACAUUUGUGCUCCUAUAUCCCAAAACUAAAGGAAUGGUUUAUGGGACCCUUCCUCUGACAUUCUGGUGGCAUGCCGCCCCCCAGUGGAUGACUCUAAGGCCUAAGGAUACAAGGUGACAUUGCAGGACUUGUCAAAGUGCUUUUCCUGCGAGAUUUGGGAUCAUGAAGUGCUCAACAGUAGGCCAACACAGGAUGGGAAUGUUUAGACUGAGUGAGCUUCCUUUCUACAAUUCUGCUGCAUCAUGGACUUGAGGGCAGUGAGUCCAAAAAUGAAGUCACUUUCUUCAAAAUACCAUACCCACAAGUCCGAUUACCUCUGGUGAGAACCCUCCCUCAAAGAAAGACUUGAUGAACUUUACUUUUCUUUCUUUCUUUUUUUUUUUUUUUGGUGUUGGAAAGUUUUGCUGGACAUACUUCCAAGUAUCUCAGGAACUUGUGAGACUCAGAAGGACUAUUGCUGUUUUUCACGGGAAGAACGUGCACUCAGCCACUUGGGCUCCAGUGCCUGUUGGUGAAGUUUAUCUUGGCCCAGACUCUUCAGGCCUGUUUAUAGGCCCCGCCAGGCAUGGAUUUGGGAAGAGCUUAAUGGGAGAGCAGACCAUUUGGGGACCUCUUUGUGCUAAUAUGAUUCAUGAAACAAUGUCUAAUCUUUUUUUUUUUCCUAGUAACAAAAUAAGGCAAAGGGAUCUUACUUUGUAGGAAGAAACACAGACCAGACCAAAAACUGGUGUAAAUUAGAAAAUAUAAAGUACUUAGACUUAUAGUAACAGAGUCAGCAAGCUUGAGAUAAAAUGUUGUGUUUCAUUGGGAGGACUUUUUUGUGCAAGAGGUCUUCAGAGGAACUUUAAAAGACUGCAUAUAUUUUUGAAAUGGCAUAUCUUUGUUGGAACAAGUCAGACUGCUGUGGCUUUGGAAUGAAGCUACUGUGUCUGAUGACAGGAAAAAAAUGGGUGAGAUUGCCGGUUACAGAAAAAAGAUGCGUUGUUCACUCUAAACGAAUGCUGUGUUGUUUUUUUUUUUAGAGGACUUGCUCUUUUCCUACAUGCUCGGUAGUGAGAGGACAGUGUGAAAUGCUGGGUGACGUUAGUGGAGGUGGAGGAUGGGCUGCUGUGGGUUUUACUGGAAGUCACCUGGUUCUGCUUCCUGGCUGCUAUGCGAGUCCCCCCUUCUGUUUGGUGGGAGUGUGUCAUUUCUCUUCUGUUUUUAAGGCUGCUUGGUAGCUCCAUGGUAGAGAUUUCAUUCUAAGGGCCUCCCAAAGUUGUGUAUCAUUCGAAGUUGUUCCAUUUGAGAAAAAAUGCUGAGAAGUGCCCUCAUCUCCAGUCACCAAGAUAAAAACAUCAUGAGAAACCCAAGUACUGAGACAGAAACUUCUAAGCCAAGUGAGGAAUUGAGCCAUUGAUGGUUAAGGCAAUAGCUGGACCACAGUUAACAUUUUUCCCACCAUCAAAGAAAGGUUAAAUAUUUUCCAUAACACGGAAUGUGUACAAGGCUCCCACCCUUUGUGCAGACUUAGAUAUGCACUUACUUAUCUCAGGCUAUUUGUGGUGAAUACGAGUAUUUUUAAAUGCUCUGGCAGCCUUGGAAAAACUUCAGGGCUUUAAAGUUGUUGACAAAAUAUUUCUUGAAUAAAUAAAUCUGAUUUAGAAAUAUCUAAACAUGAACAAAGUACUUUUAAGUCUGACAUGUCACUGCAAGUGGCUUUUUAAAGUAACUGCUUGGAACCAGUAACAGGACUAAGGGAUUUGUAGCUCUAAGUUAUUCUAGUUCUAUUAAGAAGCACUUCUAAAAGCACCUUAGAAAGGGUAGCUCAAAGGGCUUGCUUUCUUAUUUUAGGUCUCAGUAGAGCUAUAUGCUUAUAGUUGGUGAAAAUUUAAGGUCUAACAGAAUACUAAACUUUCUUGGCUUUAGUUUUUCUAAAUAUACUGACCAUCUUUGUAGAGAUAACUGGCAUUAAGUCCUCUUACAAAGGGAACCCAGCAGGGCUGUGGCCACCUGCUGGGUAUGGCAGGGUCCCUGUCAACCCUGUACCUGCCUAAGAUUGAGAGUUGAGUCUAGCACCCCAGAAGGGGUGUCUGGUGCUUUUCAAAUGCCCAGGGAAGAGAUUUUGAAGAGUUGGAAAAUCCGUGUUCUCAUAGUCUAACAUGGACUCAGUCUGAAACAGAGACAUUUAGUUCCGCUUCCAUAACUGUUGGCAACAGAGAAACUCCCUUUCAUAUUUUAGCAAACCCGACACCACUGCCCUGAAUGCCUGCCCCUGGACCACCUAAUUUCCUAGCAUGCUCUUCUAACAGGAAUAAUAUGCAGAGAAGCAACACCCUGCUCUGAUUUCUUAGAUACUUAUGGAAUCCUAGCUCUUGAAAAUAGAUUUAGGUAGUCCUGAAGAAAGCUGUGACCAGCAGUAGAAUUCUUCCAAUUUGGUGCUUUUUACUUCUCGAUCUUUGGAUCCACUGUCAGACAUGUGGCUAAAAAGAAACUCUUAAAAGAUAAGAUCUUGUGUGGAUAACACAAUAUGAAAAGUGUGGUAAAUUAAAAGCAAAGUGCUCAUGAUGGUCCUUGCUCUAAAAGGGAAAAUAUGUAAAUGUACUAUGAGAAGUUAGGCCCUGAGCAACAACCCCAUCUUGAAUAAUAGCUGGGGGAACCACAAACAUAAUCUCUAAAAUGGGGACAGUAUUUAAGUGCUAGUUGUAAUAGCAUUUGUAACCUAAUUAUUUUUAUUUUUAGGACUUAUUUGAGGGCGUACAAUGCAAGUGCAGGGGAGGGGCAGAAGGAGAGAAUCU